AUGAAAAUGCACGAAUCCGUAGCCCUAGAUAGAGAAUAUUUUACAGCCGUUGAUUUAAGUGAAAUUGCCAGCAAUUUAGAUCAGGCGGAACAAGCUGCUUUACGUGAAGGAAUUUCCGAAGAAGCCGAAGAAAAUAUUCAAAACCGAAAUGCUAAUUCCAGUUCGAGCCAAAAUAUGGAUGAUUCUGGAUUCUUUUCCGUACAAGUAAUAAGUCAUGCAUUGAAAGUGUGGAAUAUUGUUGAUUAUAUGAUAGAUAUAAUACCUAUUGGGUCUGAAGAUGGUCGUAUUGCAAGGAUUCAUCCUGAGGAUGAGAUAGCAUACAUAUGUAAUUUACAUGAGCAUUGGUUUACUCUUAGAAAAUUUGGUGGAAUAUCAUCACGUUGGUACAAUUUAGAUUCCCUCUUUCAUGGUCCAAAAAGUAUCAGUCAAACAUAUUUAGGAAUGUUACUUAAUCAAUUAGAAAAUGAAGGGUAUAGUAUAUUCGUGGUAAAAGGACAAUUGCCUUCAAGUCAAGCUGACGAAUUUGCCAAAUCACUUCCACAUCCUAAUUUACAAGGUAUUCAGGAAAAUCAGCAACAGAAUGUGGAUGAGAUUAAUCAAUCAAUGAUCGCUGCUGCUAUUGCAGCAAGUCUGGAAAGUAAUGAUGCUAGUGUUAAUACGGAUAAUGUGACGAAACCUAUUAGUGAACAAAGUUCUGGUAAUGAAUUAGUAUCAUCAAUAACUGUUGAACCACCGACCAUUGAUGAAUUGCGGGCAAAAAGGCUCGCGAAAUUUGAUAAUGGUAAUGGAAAAUGA